GCUUGUUCGCGGUGGGUUUAGAAUUUAGUUGCUUAGGAUUAUCGGUAGUCAUAGUAUCUCGUUCAUACAAGUAAUAAAUAUUCUUGUUAAAGAAAAAUAAAAGAAUCCUUUUUUUGUUUUUUUUUUUUUUUUUUUUGAGAGAAACUAUUGAGUUAAAAUAUUAAAAAUGCCUUUUCAACGCGAACAACUUGAAUCGGUGGUUAAUGAGAAAUUGUGUAAAACCGAAACAAUUAAACUGAGGAAUAAAUAUAUCGGACAAGCUUGUCAAUUGUUUUAUCGUUCGGAUCCUUUAAAAAUUGUACGCGGUCAAGGUCAAUACAUGUAUGAUGAACAAGGUACACGUUAUUUGGAUUGCAUUAAUAAUGUAGCGCAUGUUGGACAUUGCCACCCGAAAGUGGUUACGGCUGGAUCAUUACAAAUGGCAACAAUUUCAACUAAUAAUCGUUUCUUGCACGAUGAGUUAGUACAAUGCGCCAAAACGUUGACCAGCAAAUUACCGACACCGUUAUCAGUAUGUUUCUUCGUCAAUUCUGGUUCGGAAGCUAAUGAUUUAGCUUUGCGUUUAGCUCGUAAUUAUACUAAACGCCAAGAUGUGAUUACUUUGGAUCACGCUUAUCAUGGUCAUUUAACUUCUGUUAUGGAAAUAUCACCGUACAAAUUUAAUCAACCUGGCGGUGAUCCUAAGCCAGAUUACGUGCAUGUGGCACCUUGUCCCGAUGUCUAUGGCGGUUUAUAUAAAGAUAAGGAUUAUCAAUGUUCAGAUAUGGCUGAGAUUUACAGUACACCAAUUAGGGAUUUGUGUGAACGUUUAAAAUUGCAAAGCAAAGGUGUCGCUGCUUUCAUAGCCGAAUCUUUGCAAAGUUGUGGCGGACAAAUAAUACCACCUACCGGCUAUUUCAAGAAAGUGUUUGAAGCUGUACGCUCCGCGGGUGGUCUGUGCAUAAUGGAUGAAGUUCAGGUGGGUUUUGGCCGUGUGGGUAGCCAUUACUGGGGAUUUCAAUUGCAAGAUGUAGUACCUGAUAUUGUAACUGUCGCCAAGCCUAUGGGUAAUGGUCAUCCCGUUGGCGCUGUAGUAACUACAACCGAAAUAGCUAACGCUUUUUAUAAUACCGGUGUAUCAUAUUUUAAUACAUAUGGCGGCAAUCCAGUAUCAUGUGCAAUUGCUAAUGCGGUGAUGCGAGUUAUUGAUGAAGAAUGCUUGCAGGAGAAUGCUCGCUUGGUCGGCGAUUAUUUGCUUAAGCAAUGUCGCGACCUUAAAUAUGAAUUUGAUGUUUUAGGUGAUGUGCGUGGCGUGGGUCUCUUCAUUGGCAUAGAAUUGGUGAAGCAACGUGACUCAAGGGAUCCUGCCACGAAAUAUGCGCACUGGAUAGUAAAUCGUAUGAAGGAAAUGCACAAAAUUCUGGUAUCUUCAGAUGGCCCCAAUGAUAAUGUUAUUAAACUGAAGCCGCCGAUGUGUUUCAGUCAAGAGAAUGCUGAUGAGUUUAUAUUAGCUUUCCGGGAAUGUCUUUCUCUGCUAUCAAAACAACGUGAAGGUGAUACUCUACCUUCUAGCAAUGCAGCUGCAAUUACAACUACAACUAGCAGCUCAAUGGAAUUGUUAUCAAAUAAAAAGCAAAUAUUCGAACGUCGGGAUCAUCUAAUUAAAUCUGUUUAAGCUGUUUUUUGUGUUUUUUAUUUUUUAUUUUUUAUUUUUUAUUUUAUUUUAUGCAUAUUUAUAAAUUUUUAAUCAUAAACCUUUCAUCUCGUUCUUAGUUCUAGCAUCUAGAAUUUAUUAAUUAUUUUGUAUUUAGAUUAGUGUUAAGUGUUUUGUUUCGUUUUUCAAUAACAUUAAGUUAAUGCGACGAGCGAUUUGUAAAUAUAUUAAAAUCCAUGCUAAAGUAACGCGCACAUUGAACAAUUAAAAAUAUUGAAAUUAAAUUCGUGAUUUGCUCAGUGUA